CUCUUUUUACGCUAUUUCACUUUAACGCGGUUAUUUUUGCGGCGGAAAUUCCUUUUUUUACGCGAAUUUCUCACUUUAACGCGAUUGCUUUUUUUUCGUUUUUUGCUUGUUUACAUAUUUUUACGCGUAAUAAUUUUUGAAUAUGUCGGCGCAUCCUAAUAGUAUGUGGAUAUUGGUAUGCGUGUGUUAGUGUAUGGGUAUGCAGUUUCGGGAAUUUCGUUAAAAGACUAAGUUCCUCAUUAUUGCAUCAGCCGUUGAUUGGGUUGUGAUUGGUUGUUUGCAUGUCGUCUCUUCAAGAAGUACCGUUUUAGCGGGGCGACAGCGUGGCGUCGCUAUAGUCAAGUGUGGUUCGGUGUUAAGCACAAAAGGAAGAAAUCGACGUAGAGUCAAGUCUUGUUUAGAAUGUCUACCGAAAAGCGUGGUAUUCCGACAAAUAUAAUACGGGGAAGUCCCAACAAAAAAAUUUUACUCUAUGUGUAUCAAUUAUUGCAAAUCUAAAUUUAGUUAGCGGCCGGUGCAGUUGUUUUGGAAUUUCAAUUUUUGCUAGCUUUACAAUGGAAGCUAAUUCAGGAAAAAAUAAAAAACGCAAAGGCAUUUCUUUAGAAACAAAAAUAAAAGUUUUGGACUAUCUAGAGCAGGGAGCUGGCCCAACAAAUGUGGGAAAGAGGCUUGGACUCAGUGAAUCUACAGUGCGGACAAUAAAAAAAAAUGAAAAUGCAAUUAGAAAAUCUGUAGUUUCCGGAAAAAAUGUAAAUGCGAAGAAAACUUCAUACUCAAGAAAUGUUUUUAUUGAAGAAAUGGAAAACCUACUAACAAUUUGGAUUGAGGAUCUCAACCAGAAACGAAUCCCAGUUGAUACUACAACAAUAAAACAAAAAGCUCUACGUAUUUUUAAUCGAUUAACAUCGAACCAAGAAAACAAAAACGAAUUUUCAGCUAGUGGUGGAUGGUUUUCGAAGUUUAUUGAAAGACAUAAUUUUCAUAAUUUAAAAAUUAAGGGUGAAAUUGCUUCAGCUGAUAGUAAAGCUGCGCAGGACUAUCCACCAAAGUUAUUAAAAAUUAUUCAAGAAGGUGGUUACACGCCAGACCAAGUUUUCAAUGCGGACGAAACCGGCCUAUUUUGGAAGAGGUUACCAAAACGAACAUAUGGGUCUAAAACCCAAAAAUCAUUUGGUGGCUUCAAAGCUGCAAAGGACCGUGUAACGUUUUUAUUAUGUAGCAAUGCUUCUGGUGACCGCAUGAUUAAACCGCUAUUAGUAAACAAAAGUCUCAGGCCGCGAGCACCAAAGGGCAAAGAUUUAAAUCAUUUACGUGUUCACUGGAUGGCCAAUAAAAAAGCCUGGGUAACUGGAAAUAUAUUCCAAGAAUGGUUUGCUAAAUGCUUUGUACCAGAAGUUAAAAGUUAUUUGGAGAAGAAGAAACAGCCCUUUAAGGCUCUUUUAAUAAUUGACAAUGCACCAGGCCAUCCGAUGAUUGAACAUCCUAAUGUAAAUAUCAUUUUCCUCCCACCGAAUACUACAUCAAUUAUCCAACCGAUGGAUCAAGGCAUUAUUGCGACUUUUAAAAUGUACUACCUCAAAAAAACUUUUCAGUGCAUUAUGAAAAAACUGGAGGAAAAUCCUGAAUUGGACUUCACUGAUGCUUGGAAAAAUUUUUCUAUCAAGGAUUGCAUCUUGUACGCGUCAAAAGCAAUUUCUGAAAUAAGGCAACAUACGUUAAACGCAUGCUGGAAAUCUCUUUGGCCAGAAUGUGUUAAAAGUGGUAUGUCCGUAACAAGCAAUUCAACUAAUUAUUCAGAUAUCAUUGAUUUAGCACGUUCAGCGGGAGGAGAAAUUCUUGCAGAUAUGACGAGAGAAGAUAUUGACGAAAUUCUUCAAGACCGAGAGCUCGAUGAUGACGAUUUGAUUGAAAUAGCUACGGAAGUUAUCGAAUCGGAAAAUGGCAGCGACACCGAGAUAGACGAGCAUCCAAUUAAAGCAGAGACGAUUAAGCAAGGUCUUAAACUUGCAGCAGAAUUGGAAAAUUAUUUUGUAGCAAAUGAUACUGAUGCCGAACGUGCACGAAUUUUUCAAAAAGAAUUGAGUCUCUGCAUGUUAAGAUAUAAAGAAUUAUAUCGGAAUUUAUUGGGUCCAAAAAGAAGCAAUCAAACAAAAUUAACUGAAUUUAUGGUGCAAACUCAGUCGGAGAUGCUAAGUCAAUCAGAACAUCAAUCCAUAGUUCUUACUAUUGAUUCUGAUACAAAUUCUAGUGAUAUCAGUGCCGGCCAUCGAAAUAAGCGGCUAAGAAUAAUUUCCACUACGGAUAAUGACAGUGAUUAAACAGCAUUCAACGGGUUUUUCAGCAAAUCUACCUAUUUUCUAUUUUCUUCUCUUUUAUAUAUGGUUUUUGUUUUGUAUUUUUUAUUUUGUUAUGAAUGAUUAAAUCAUAAGUCUGAAAUUUGAAA